AUGAACAUCAUCCAACAGAACGAAGGUUCUGAUAUUUAUUCCAAAAUACUUUCUGAUUCGACUCUGCGAGAAAAACUUGUGAAUAAUAUUCUCGACUUUGUGAAAAAGUACGAAUUUAAUGGAAUCGAGCUCUAUUGGGAUUUUUCAACUCAAGCUGCUAAAGGUUCUUCUGAUAAAGCAAAUUUUGUUCUACUUUUGAAGGCACUCAGAGAAAAAUUCGAUAAAGAAAGUCUAAUUUUAUCUGUUGCCGUUGCUAAGCGUGAAGCGAUAGCCAAGCUAUCAUAUGAUGUUAAAGGAAUAUCAACACAUGCGAACUUCAUAAAUUUGAUGACUUACAAUUUUCACAAUAGCUUUGAUGCGGACAAAAAAGUUGGUGCUAAUGCUCCAUUGUAUCCUUCAUCAAAAGAAAAUGCGGAAAAUCAGAAAUUGAACAUUGAUUCUGUUGUGACAUUCUGGCUUUCGCAAGAUGCUCCACCAGAGAAGCUGAUACUUGCAAUUCCCUUUUCUGGAAAUAACUAUACUUUGGCUGAUCCAAAACAAUUUGGUAGAGGCGCUCCAUUUGUUAAUGCAGAAAAUCCAGGAGGAACUUUUAAUUCCCGACCUUAUUACAAAAUUUGUCCAUUGGAAAAAAACCCAAAAUGGAAAAGUUUGUACGACAAUGAACAGAAAGUGCCGUAUCUCUACCAAGGAAAUAAAAUCGUUUCAUAUGAUAAUGUCAAAUCGAUUAAGGAAAAGGCUAUAUAUGUUAAGACAAAGAAUCUUGGUGGUGUCGUAGUACAGUACAUCAAUUUUGACGAUACCCGUGAAAAGUGGACAGGAAGUGACAUCAGACUCCUUGAGCAUGAUCGUACUUUUAACCUCAGACUGAAUGCAAGGUUGUUUCAUAUGCACACAUAUUUACACACUGAAUCGACGGACAGCUCCCUCCCACUACUCCCACCUAACCUGACCGGAAGUCUCCAGUAA